ACGAAGCCUCCGAGUUAGACGCGCACGAGCCUCAUGACGCAUCGGCCCCGAGCCGCGAGCGGCAGGACAACACUUGUUGCAGGGUUUCCCGCGUUUCCGAUGACCAAAAGCGGACCGCGCGCCGUGAAAGUGACAGAUAUAACGUGACGGGACGCCGCUCCGCGCGAGAACCGGGGGAAACCACGCUCCGUCAGGAUGACGCUCCUCGCGCUUCUGCUCCUGCCGUGCGUUUUCACUGCAGGCACGCGCGCGUCAUUACGCACGACUGAGGCGCCGACCACCGAGGACCCGCACGCGGACAGCCGGAAAGUCGUGACCACGACGGGCCGAGAGUGUGUGUUCCCGUUCCGCCAGGGCGGGCGGAUUCAUCACCACUGCAUCAGCGUCCUGUCCUCGCGGCCCUGGUGCUCUCUCACGCACAACUUCGACCGGGACAGGAAGUGGGGCUUCUGCGUGCCGGAGAGGAGGCGGACAGACGAUCCGUGCCGGGUGAAUCCGUGUGAGAACGGCGGCACGUGCAAGCCGAUCCCCAACAGCCGCUCCUUCCAGUGCGUCUGUCCAGAGAGCUUCGGCGGCCGGCGGUGCCAGAACCAGAGGUGCUAUGAAACCCUACACCUGCGCCACUACGACCCCGGAGAGUCCUGGGGACGCAUCCACCUGCGGAACGUGGAGCAGUGCGCGUGCGUGGCGGGGGAGGCGGCGUGCGAGCGAGUCCGAUACACAGUGUGCCGUAAAAACCCCUGCAGGAACGAAGGAGCGUGCCGGCUGAUCACCUCCACCGGGAAGGAAGUGUGUCACUGUAGGGGAGGCUACGGCGGCCCGCGCUGCAACCUGGAGCCAGAGGCGGAGUGCUAUAACAGCAGGGGGGCGGGCUACAGAGGGGUGGUGGACACCACGGAGUCCGGCGCCCGCUGCCUGGCCUGGAACUCCGACCUGCUGUUUGACGAGCUCCAUGUGGGCACGGUGGCCGACCCCGCGCUGAGAGGCCUGGGCGAGCACGCCUUCUGCAGGAACCCAGAUGGGGACAGGAAGCCGUGGUGCUACACACUAAAUGACAGCGCCAUCUCCUGGGAGUACUGCGCCGUGCCGUCCUGCCUGAUGCCUCAGUCUUCUGCUCGGAGGUUUAACCCCCUGGACGUGCCUCCGGCGAGGAAGCCGAAGCCGCCCCGGCCCCGCCGAGGCCCGGCGUGUGGGACCAAGCACAAGAAGCGUCUGUCGGUGGCCCGGGCCCGCAUCCUGGGCGGCAGCUCGGCGCUGCCGGGGACCCACCCCUGGAUGGCGGCCAUCUACAUCGGGGCCUCCGACUUCUGCGGCGGCAGCCUGAUCUCCUCCUGCUGGGUCGUCUCCGCGGCGCACUGCUUCUUCUCUAACCCUCUGAAGUCUCAGAUCCGCGUGGUUCUGGGACAGCACCUCUUCAACGUCACCGACUCCAACAGCAGGACGUUCGGGGUGGAGGACUACGUCUUCCCCCGGCAGUUCUCCGUCUUCAACCCGACGCUGCACGACAUCGUGCUGAUCAAGCUGAAGAAGCAGGACGGCCGCUGCGCCCGGCGGACCCAGUUCAUCAGACCCAUCUGCCUGCCCGACCAGAGCGCCCCCUUCCCCGACCACUACUGCUGCGCCAUCAGCGGCUGGGGGCACCGCCAUGAGAAGGCGGAGCGGUACUCCAGCCUCCAGGAGGGCGGCGUGCGGCUGGUCAACCACGACGACUGCAGGAAGCCGCAGGUCUACGGAAACCACGUGACGGCCGACAUGGUCUGCGCCGGCCUGAGAGGCUGCGUGGACGCAUGUCAGGGUGACUCCGGCGGCCCGCUGGCCUGCGCCCGGGGAGACGUCAGCUUCCUGUACGGCAUCGUCAGCUGGGGCGACGGCUGCGGACGCACCAACAAGCCCGGCGUCUACACCAAGGUGGCCAACUACAUCGACUGGAUCAACGCCAAGAUCCGACGCAAACCCAAGGCGUCCUGAACGGACGGACGGGACGAUUUCCUCCUCACAAGCUUUAUGUUUUUCACUGUGAAAGUUUCCAGGACUGAGUAAACCGUCUGUGACUUGAGAACUCUUUUGUAUUUGCAGCAGAUUCGAGGAGCUUUCCAACGGGCUCAAUGUGAAAAAUAUUGCUAAAAGUUCAGAAAUAUAUUUGCACAGUUGCUUAAAAUGUUUUAUAUUUAAUUAUUAUAUGAAGAUAUCUUCACACCAUUUCAAUAGAUCACAAUAUAUUUAUGAGAUUUUCCACCUAAAUAGAAAGUGUUUAAUUAUAUUAUUUCAUUUAGUUUCAGGACGAGGGAGUGUGUGCAUAGCUGUGUUUCAUCAGCGUGAGCAAGAAUGAAGUCAAACCUUUGUUUACAGAUCGUCACAUCCGACUUGAAGUCAAACAAACCCUGGUUCAGCGUCCAGAGUUUGUCUGUUCAUUCCUUCAUCUUCCGUUUUUUUAUCGGUGAAGUUAACUCAAAGGGUUCGUGUGAAUUUCAGGUUUCUUUUUCUACAGGACAGAACAGGAACG